AUGCUGACAGCCUGCAUCGCCUCUGUCGGCGCCGCGUACCUGCCUUCGCAGCGGCCGGCGCCAGGGGCGCCCUUGUGCGGGUCUGCGCGUGGCCGCGCCGCGGUGCGCUGCGCCGAGGCCGGCACGCUCACUCAAUCUGCGGUGGACGACUGGCUUGGAUCGGCGGUGGCGGCGCGUGGCUCUGUGGCGUCAGGUCUGCUGGAUGAGGUGCGGUCGGAGGCGACCGACGUUGUGCCGCCGGAGGUGAGGGAGGCGGUGCUGGAGUCGCUGCGGGAGAUCCCGGAGCGGGAGGCGGACCCGCGCACGGAGCUCGGCUGCCACACCUUUGCCGCGCUCAACCAGGCGGCCCUCUCCGACGUUGCGUGCGUCUAUGUGCCGAGCGGCGUCGCUGUAGACACGCUCCGCCUCAUCCUCCUCUCCACACCCUCCUACCCCGACUCCGGCGCCGAGGCCGGCGCCUCGCCGCAGCUCGCCGCCAGCCACCCCAACCUCUCCCUCUGGCUCGGCGACGGCGCCUCCCUCUCGCUGCUCCAGCAGUACGCCGGCCGCGGCGCCUAUUUCUGCAACGGCCUCUCGCGGCUGCGCCUCGGCGAGAAUGCCUCGCUCACGCACGCAUACCUGCAGGAGCAGUCCGACGGCGCUGUCCACGUCGAUUCGGUGCUCGCAACCCUCGCGGCCGGCGCUCGCUACGACGCGAACAUCGUCCAGUCGGGAGGGCGCCUCUCUCGCGUCAACCUCGCGGUGCGGCUCGAGGGGAGGCACUCGCACGCCUCCCUCAACGGGAUCGCCCUCGGCUCCGAGUCGCAGCUGCUCGACCUCCACUCCGCCGUGCGGCACGUCUCUCCCGACUGCUCCUCCGAGCAGGAGCAGCGCAACGCCCUCGCCGGCCGCGCGAGGGUUGUGUUUCGCGGGGCGGUGCAGGUGCCGCACGGGUCGGACAACACCACCGCCAACCAGCUCUGCCGCUCGCUGCUCCUCUCAGAUUCGGCGCGCGUCGACAUCUCGCCCAACCUCGAGAUCCUGACGGACGACGUCGUGUGCACGCACGGGGCCACCGUCGCCGACCUCGACGACGAGAUGGUCUUCUACCUGCAGGCGCGCGGGCUCGGCCGCGCAGAGGCGCGCGUGCUGCUGCUCGAGGGGUGGGCCCGCUCGCUGAUGGGCGAGGCCAUGUCCUCCAUCUGA